GAGGAGCAGAGAGGCUGAGACCAACACAGGAACUUCCAGCGCUCACACCCAAGCUCCCGUGCUCACCUCCACUAUGAAGUUCUCCACAGCGCUUCUAUGCCUUCUGCUCACAGCUGCCAGCUUCAGCACCCUUGUCCUUGCUCAGCCAGAUUCAGUUUCCAUCCCAGUUACCUGCUGCUUUAGCAUGGUCAAAAGGAAGAUCCCCAUGCAGAAGCUGGAGAGCUACAUGAGGAUCACCAACAGCCAGUGUCCCCAGGAAGCUGUGAUCUUCAAGACCAAAGCAUCCAGGGAGAUCUGUGCUGACCCCAAACAGAAGUGGGUCCAGGAUUACGUGAAUCACCUGAACCAAAAGUCCCAAGCCCAGAAGCCUUGAACCUUCAUGUAUGGACUGAGAGACAGACCCUGAGGAAAAUCUUAUUUAUUUUUCCCCAACCUUCCCCAAGUACAGAGUGAUAUUAUUUUAUUACAAUGCCCAACAAGAGGCACUUUAUACAAUAAUUUAAAGCACAUAUCUUAAAUAAUAUUUAAUUUUAUUUAAGUUAUUAACAUUUUUACUUUAUCUGCUAUAAAUCCUAAUGAAUGUAAAGUACAAAAUCCAGUGGCACAUUUUCUUUUCUGUGAGCUCAGUCAAGUUGGUAGCAGGAUAUCAUUUGUCUCCCUCCAAUGUGUCUGUAGUAUUGUGAGGUCCUUCCAUGGAUCAUCAGAGUGAAAGAUAUCUGUAUUCUUAUGAAGUUGGUGCUCCUGUAAGUCAAAUAUCUGCUGUGUAAUGUG